GUGUCCCGGUUCCGGUUCCGGGGCUCGGUUCCGGUUCCGGGUCCGUGCGGGUCGGGGUCCGGCUGCGGGUCCGGUCCGGUGGCGGUGGUGGUGGUGGGCGGCGGGUCCGGCGGCGCGGCGCAAGAUGGCGGACCUGGAGGCGGUGCUGGCGGACGUGAGCUACCUGAUGGCCAUGGAGAAGAGCCGCGCCGCGCCCGCCGCCCGCGCCAGCAAGAGGAUCCUGCUGCCCGAGCCCAGCAUCCGCAGCGUGAUGCAGAAGUACCUGGAGGACCGGGGGGAGCUGACGUUCGACAAGAUCUUCACGCAGAAGAUCGGGUACCUGCUCUUCCGGGACUUCGCCUUUAACCAGGCAGAGGAGGCCAAGCCCCUGAUGGAGUUUUAUGAGGAGAUCAAGAAGUAUGAGAAGCUGGACUCGGAGGAGGAGCGGAGCACCCGGAGCCGCCACAUCUUCGACCAUUACAUCAUGAAGGAGCUGCUGGCCUGCUCCCAUCCCUUCUCCAAGAGUGCCACGGAGCACGUCCAGAGCCGCCUGAGCAAGAAGCAGGUGCCCCCGGACCUCUUCCAGCCUUACAUUGAGGAGAUCUGCCAGAACCUGCGGGGAGGCAUCUUCCAGAAGUUCAUUGAGAGUGACAAGUUCACACGGUUCUGCCAGUGGAAGAACGUGGAGCUGAACAUCCAUCUCACCAUGAACGACUUCAGCGUUCACCGGAUCAUCGGCCGCGGCGGAUUCGGGGAGGUCUACGGCUGCCGGAAAGCGGAUACAGGCAAAAUGUACGCCAUGAAGUGCUUGGACAAGAAACGCAUCAAGAUGAAGCAGGGCGAGACCCUGGCCCUCAACGAGCGCAUCAUGUUGUCCCUCGUCAGCACCGGGGACUGCCCCUUCAUCGUGUGCAUGUCCUACGCCUUCCACACGCCCGACAAGCUCAGCUUCAUCCUCGACCUCAUGAAUGGGGGAGACCUGCAUUAUCACCUGUCCCAGCACGGAGUCUUCUCGGAGGCAGAGAUGAGGUUCUACGCAGCUGAGAUCAUCCUGGGCCUGGAGCACAUGCACAGCCGCUUCGUGGUGUACCGAGACCUCAAGCCAGCAAACAUCCUCCUGGACGAGUUUGGGCACGUCCGCAUCUCAGACCUGGGCCUGGCCUGUGACUUCUCCAAGAAGAAGCCUCAUGCCAGUGUGGGCACCCAUGGGUACAUGGCUCCGGAGGUGCUGCAGAAAGGAGUGGCAUACGACAGCAGCGCCGACUGGUUCUCACUGGGCUGCAUGCUCUUCAAGCUGCUCCGGGGCCACAGCCCCUUUCGGCAGCACAAGACCAAGGACAAGCAUGAGAUCGACCGUAUGACCCUCACCAUGGCCGUCGAGCUGCCCGAUUCCUUCUCCCCGGAGCUCCGUUCCCUGCUCGAGGGGCUGCUGCAGCGGGACGUGAACCGGCGCCUGGGCUGCAUGGGCCGCGGGGCUCAGGAGGUGAAGGAGGAGCCCUUCUUCAAGGGGCUGGACUGGCAGAUGGUUUUCCUGCAGAAGUACCCACCGCCCCUGAUCCCACCCCGCGGCGAGGUGAACGCGGCCGAUGCCUUCGACAUCGGCUCCUUCGAUGAGGAGGACACCAAAGGCAUCAAGCUCCUGGAGAGCGACCAGGAGCUGUACCGCAACUUCCCGCUCACCAUCUCGGAGCGGUGGCAGCAGGAGGUGACGGAGACCGUGUUCGAGGCCGUCAACGCCGACACCGACAAGCUGGAGGCUCGCAAGAAGGCCAAGAACAAGCAGUUGGGCCAUGAGGAGGAGUACGCCAUGGGCAAGGACUGCAUCAUGCACGGGUACAUGGCCAAGCUGGGCAACCCCUUCCUGACGCAGUGGCAACGCCGCUACUUCUACCUCUUCCCCAACCGCCUGGAGUGGCGCGGGGAGGGCGAGUCGCCGUCCCUGCUCACCAUGGAGGAGAUCGACUCGGUGGAGGAGACGCAGGUGAAGGAGCGGAAGUGCAUCCUGCUCCGCAUCCGCGGGGGCAAGCAGUUCGUGCUGCAGUGCGAUAGCGACCCCGAGCUGGUGCAGUGGCGGAAGGAGCUGCGGGACGCCCAGCGCCAGGCGCAGCAGCUCCUGCAGCGGGUGCCGCGGAUGCAGAACAAGCCCCGCUCGCCCGUGGUGGAGCUCAGCAAAGUGCCGUUCAUCCAGCGCUCCACCAACGGGCUCUGACCGCUGCCUGCGGCCCCCCCAUCCCAGCCCCGUCCCUCCUCUUAUUUAUUGGGUUGGGUUCCCGUGUGCCCAUGGCUCCCGGAGGACGCCCGGUGCCGGUCUCCCUCGGAGGGGACACGGCUGCGGAGCUGGCGCUGGGGGCCACGCUCCAGCACAGCUCCCCGGUGCGCGUGGUCCCCCCCCCCAUCUCUCCGGCUCAGAUGAAGGUAGCCCCCGCGGCCCCGCUCCGUGCCCACCCGCUUCGCCACCGCUCCGUGUGUGCCAAAUGGGGCGAGCGGGGUGCCCAGCGCCGGCCGGGCAGGGACCCGGUCAGCUCAUCCCUCCCCAUCCCAUCGUCGCCUUUGCCCCUUGUGUGGGGGCCGAGUCCUUGGUGUGAGUGAGUGAAGGUGUGAGUGUGCCCCAGGGGGACCCCUGUAAAUACGGUGCCACGGGUCCCCCAUGCCCCCCGGCUCUGCCCCUGCCACCCCCUUGGGUAAGGGGGAGGGAAACACUCCC